AUGUCUGCUGAAAAAAAAUUGAAAGUUUCCGAGGACCUCAAGGUUUUCUUGCGUUCCGAUAGAGCUAAGGUUCCAACCAAGGGCUCGGCAUUGGCUGCUGGGUAUGAUCUUUACUCUGCUGAAGAAGCAGUGAUCCCAGCCCAGGGUCAGGGUCUCGUGGCCACUGACAUUUCUAUCAUUGUCCCAGCCGGAACUUACGGUAGAGUUGCUCCAAGAUCCGGUUUGGCUGUCAAGCAUGGCAUUUCCACUGGUGCAGGUGUCAUUGACGCUGACUACAGAGGUGAGGUGAAGGUUGUCCUUUUCAACCAUUCCAAGAAGGAUUUCGAGAUCAAGGCUGGUGACCGUAUUGCCCAAUUAGUUUUGGAGCGUAUCGUCAACGCUGAGAUCGCUGUUAUCACUAAGGAAGAAUUGGACAACACCGACAGAGGUGAAGGUGGCUUUGGCUCUACUGGCCACAACUAA